AUGGAUUUUCUGACAGCAUUUUGGUGGUCUGAUUCCAUAGGAUCGUUCUUCGGGAUCUUCCUCAAUCUCCUCCUCAUCAUGGCCAUUGUGCGAACUUCUAAGGAUGGAUUCCACUCCUUCUCUUACCUUGUUUUAGCGUCAUCUGUAAACGAUAUGUUAUUCUCGGCAUAUGCUCUGCUUAUUCAACAUGUAAGUUGAACACUUUACUUUGUAUCGCGCGCCAAUUUUUGAAAUAAAAACAGGAUAAUUUUGACACCUCAGAGAACUCUUUUAUUGAUCAGUUUUAUUAAAUUUCAGUUAGUAAAAAUCGACGAUGGAGUGAUUUACUCGUUUCCCCGGGGAGUCGAGAAGUUUGUUCCCGAGGAAUGGCUACCUGUAUUUGCAUUUUUCCAUCUCUUUACAAUCACGAAUACAAUCACAACACAGCCAGCGAUCUACCAAUACAAGUAUCUGAUCGUUUCCUCUCUGGGGUAGGUCUUUUAUUUAUCAUUUUUACCUCUCAAAACUGUUGAAAUUACUCAAAAAACUCAAAUUUAUCUCUGUACAUUUGUCAUCUUACUGUCCGUUCAGGCAUGCUCCAUCGCCCUGGAAACUGAUCCGAAACCUUUUUUUCGCCGCUCUCGGAGCUUGCGCUACUGGUUUAGCUUUUGCGAUGUCGACGAUGAAAACAAAGGAGCAUGGAUACGAUUAUUAUGUGCACCGAUUGACUCCUCUGUGGUUUAACAGCGAUGGAUCCACAGAUUUCAAGUACGCCGCUGAUUGGUCGGACUCGAUUACUAAGAUCUACUUCUUAACUGUGUGCAUUGUAUGCACUCUGGCCAAUGUUCUUACUUUGUAUUACAUCAUGGCGGCGAUGAGAGCGGUCCAUACAACGGUGAAGACGGUCAGCUCAAACACAAAGGCGUUGCAGCGACAGUUCACAAAAGCACUGAUCAGUCAGGUGAGAUACCAGUUAAAACAGGCACUUAUGGGGCAUCAGUAUAAUUUUCCUUCUCAUUAUUAGAUAACUCUAUGAUUCGUCGGGGUUGAUGGUUGAGCCGUAAAUUGCAUUUUUUUUCAAAAUUUUACAGUAUGUGUUCCACAAGCCCAAUAUUAAUCCCAAUUAUAAUCUUUCAGACCAUUGUCCUAACCUUGUUCGCCAUGAUCCCAGCCUCAUUCUACAUGGGAGCUCUGGCUUUCAAAAUGCAAUCAGAGUAUAUCGGAAUCAUCGUGAUGUGGCCGUUAUCCUACUUCUCGGCCGUCAACGCCACUCUCCCCUUAAUCUUCAUCCGCGCUUACCGCGGAUUUAUCUUGAAUUUGGUGGGAAUCAAGAGCAAGAUGGACAAGAUCUCGCCAUCCUCAGAAAAGAUGACCGAAAAUACGAAAACGAACAAAACAAUCUCAGUGGAAAAGGGUAAAAACACUAUUUAA